AUGCGUGUGCUCUGCAUUUUCCUUUGCUUUGGAUCACUAUCGGCGUCCGAAGAGACUAUUCAAGAGUCCAUCGAACGUGCUCUACGAAGUCCUAACAUUGAUAAAGUGUUAAACUCGGUACUGGGGCGAUUGGAGAGUAACCGACAACAUGAACACCAAUACGCCCAGGAAGAAGAUUGUGAAGAACCAUCAGAGGUUUUACCCGAAUAUACGGAGACCUUGCAGAGAGCGCUGGAACGAGGUUUGAGGCAGCUGGGCGUUCAGAAGCAUCAUCCCUUAUGCCACUUGGAAAGAAAAAUCCAUAGGCUAAACACAAACGAAUACGAAUAUCGGCCGGCGUAUUACGAAGAGGUGCGAUGUACAACGACAUCUGACGACGACGUCGGUGUAAGCAACGAGAUAUGUUCGAGCCUUGGGUUAUCUUGUGUACAAUGGAAUAAAACAAUCCAUUUAACUAGACGACGUUAUUCAAGCGAUUGUUGGGAAACCAAAACGAUGGUGAUACCAGCUGGCUGCGAAUGCAUGUGGCCCAUUCACCGUCUGGGCGACAUUACACAUCACAUCUAA